UUCCAUUACAGAGAGAGAGAGAGACUGAACAACGUUAAGAACAAAUGGCCGAAGAAUGCGGUGUUGCAAUCUCUUCUUCCUCUGCGCAGCUAACGCAACAAAACUGGUGGGAUCUCGUCAGCUCUACCAACCCAUGGCAGCAGCAGCAGCAACUAAAUCAGAAGUACUCCAACUCUUCUAAUAAUAAUUGUGAUGAUGUUGAUCAGGAUGUUUCAAUCUCCAGUACUUCCUUUACCAAUGCCUCCAACCACUCAAGCCUCAGCGUCGACUCCUCUCGUAGACUGCUUGCUGAUCAACGUUCUGCUUCUUCCAACGACGACCUGAUUAAUGGCGAACAGGUCUCUGAUAAUCAUAUUUGGAACCAUGUCCUAUUAAGCGUUAAUGCAAACCAUGAUUUACGCAACAAUGAUCAUGGUGUUGGAGAGAACUUCAUAGAUGCACUAUCAUCCAAGGGCUUGUCAACUCAUCAUGUUAUGUACGAUGAGCCUGCUUGUGACUACUUGAAGAAGUUGGACAACAAUAGUACUUGGGAGUUCACAAACUCAGCCGCCUCCAAUUUCAACAAUUUUGAAAAGCAAAUAAAUGGAGGAUUCAUGGAUAACAACAUGAAUAUUAGUAUUGAGAACGAAAGGUUAACCAAGUUGUCUAAUCUAGUCAGCAGUUGGUCCAUUGCACCCCCAGAACCACAACUAGUACUCAACAAUUUUCCUCCUCAUCAAGUAAUGGAUCAUGAUCAUCACUACUCACAACCAAAUCUCUGUCACUUAAAGCCGCAACCGUUUUUUAAUGAUUCCACCUCAUCAUGCAAUCCUCAGAUGGGAAUUACAAAUAGAAACUCGGCAUCCAGUUUAUUUUCGUGUUACCGCAGUCAAAAUAUGAAGGUAGACGAUCAGAACCAUGGACACCCUAAUGGCAUUGAAUAUCAGAUUGGCCUCGACAACCCAAUGGCUGCAGAUCAUCAUAAUAGCAAGUACUUCAAUGGAAAUGGAUCAAUCUUGCCGGAUUCUUAUUCCUCAUGCACUAGUACUAAUGCUGCCAGAAAUUUUGCAGAUGUUAUAUCUUUUACGAGUCGAUUAGGAAAUAAGCCCUUGAACGACCUUCAUGCUCCUAAGCCUUGUUUCAAAACUUUGAACUCUUCUGAUCAUUCUAAGAAGCAAAACCUGCAAACUUCUUCGUCGGCAAGAAUGAGUGGUGGAAGAGGACAGGGAAUUGCAAAUGAAGGAAAAAAGAAAAGAACGGACGACACAUCAUCAGAAACAGUCGUGAAAAAGCCUAAGCAAGAAACUUCUACAGUUUCAUCUGUAAAGAUGCAGGCACCAAAAGUCAAGCUUGGGGACAGGAUCACGGCCCUUCAACAAAUCGUGUCUCCAUUUGGAAAGACUGAUACGGCAUCAGUACUAUACGAAGCGAUUCAAUACAUUAAGUUCCUGCAAGAACAAGUGCACGUGCUAUUGAAUAGCCCUUAUUUGAAGACAAAUUCACCAAAGGAUCCAUGGGUGAUGGAAAGAAAAGAUCACAAGGGAGAUACAAAGGUUGAUCUCAAGAGCAAAGGCCUAUGUUUGGUGCCUGUUUCAUGUACGCCUCAAGUUUAUCGUGAAAAUACAGGAUCAGACUAUUGGACACCAACAUAUAGAGGAAGUUUGUAUAGAUAAACCAAGUGCAUAUAAAUGAUACAUUUAAGUAUAUAUGUUUCAUAUUUUCUUAUGGCCAAUGUAAUAAUUUUAAUGUAGCAAAAAAAUUGGUCAGUGCAUGUAACUUAUAUCUUCUCAAAAGAAUGGGAAGUAACUAUAUCUUUCGUAUUAUGGCUGUAGCCUAAUUAAGGUCCCAUGAAGCUGCUGCUAAUCAA